CUCCAUUGCAGCCCACGCCAGCCAUUAUAUUAUCCCAUUUCUCAUUCUUUCUCCUCCCUCUCUCUCUCUCUCUCUCUCUGCAUCAUCUUCAACUUCAUCGACCUUUCCCUGCAUAUUCCUUCCCACUUCCCUGCGUAUGUAUGUGUGUACGCUCCAUCAAAUACGCACAUACAUACAUACGUAUAUAAAUACAUUCACAUCUCCCAACUCUUCUUAUUCUUCUUCCUUCGCCCUUUGCUUCGCAAUUCGCUGAAUCCCUAGCUCUCCUUCGAUCCAACCAUGGCCUCUAUAGUCAACAACGCCCACGGAGGCGUCAACGGUGUACUCAGGAACGCUGAAAAACUCAUUAUCGAUACCGACCCUGGGAUCGAUGAUAGCAUGGCAAUUUUGAUGGCGUUUCAGAGUCCAGAGGUGGAGGUCCUGGGCUUGACAUCUGUCUUUGGUAAUACUACUACUGAAGUUGCCACACGAAAUGCGUUGCUUUUGUGUGAGAUCGCAGGCCGUGAAAAUAUUCCAGUUGCACAAGGAAGCUCUGAGCCAUUGAAGAAGGGUGGAAAGCCUCGUGUCGCUGAUUUUGUUCAUGGUGAAGAUGGACUGGGGAACACGUUCCUACCCCCACCUAAAAGUAAGAAAAUUGAAAAGUGUGCUAGUGAGUUUUUGGUGGAGAAGGUAUCUGAAUAUCCUGGUGAAGUUUCUGUGCUUGCACUUGGACCACUGACAAACUUAGCUUUGGCAAUCAAAAGAGAUUCUUCGUUUGCAAGCAAGGUGAAGAGAAUAGUUAUCCUUGGUGGUUCAUUCUUUGCCUUGGGGAAUGUGAAUCCUGCUGCAGAAGCAAAUAUCUAUGGAGACCCAGAAGCCGCAGAUACUGUGUUUACGUCUGGAGCAAAUAUUGUUGUUGUUGGAAUAAACAUUACAACUCAAGUCAAAUUCACUGAUGCUGAUCUCCUUGAACUGAAGGGAUCUAAAGGAAAGUAUGCUUCUCUCUUGAGUGACAUGUGCAAAUUCUACAGGGAUUGGCAUGUAAAAUCUGACGGUGUCUACGGAAUUUUCCUCCACGAUCCUGUCAGUUUCGUGGCAGUUGUGCGUCCAGAUCUUUUCACAUAUAAGAAGGGGGUAGUGAGGGUAGAGACACAAGGCAUCUGUGUUGGGCAUACACUUUUGGACCAAGGAUUGAAAAAAUGGAAUACGAACAACCCAUGGACGGGUUAUUCUCCUGUUUCAGUUGCGUGGACUGUGAAUGUUGAGGGAGUUCUUAAUUAUAUCAGGGAGUUGCUGAUGAAACCUUGAAGUAUAGGCAUUUGUACUACCCUUCUGACAGAUGUCAAAGUGAUAGCACGAUAGCUUCUUAAUUGCAAAAUUAUGUAUAAUGUCAUUUUCUUUAUUUCACUCAAUGUCAACUAGAUAUUUGGGUAUCAAAGGGUUCGCGAUGUUUCCCCUUCUCAUCUUCAACCCGAGAGCUCUACCCCCAUUUAAUCUUAAAAGAGUUCAUGUACCAAUGAAAUUCUCUUUACGUAAAGAUUUCGCCACUUCUCUU